AUGGCCAGUCCAUCUCUCAAGAUUAAACUUCGACUCUCUAGAGUGAAUCCAGAAUCUCCAGGAUCGAAUUCGAUUCAAUCACCCGACGUACCUUCACCUUCUUUGUCUGCAAUUGCAGGCCAAAAGCAUCCCAAAGAAGAUGAAGAGGUACCAGCCAGCAAACGACCAAGACCACGCGCCAAAAAGCCCGUACGAAAGAAUGAUUCGAAUGACAUAGUCUCAUUGCGUUUUCUCAUUGCAGACUUGAUGAUGAUUCAGCUUUGGGGGAUGACAGGUGAUAAACAGUUGAUAAGCCGAUCUGGUGCAUCUCGUAAAGACAUUCUCAAGUUCAAAGAUUUCAAGCCUCGUCGCUGGGUCAAUUCUAAUCUAGUGUUUCGCACUCUUGAUGGUUCGUCCAUCACAUUGUCGGGCUGGCAAACAGAGGAGCAAAUGACGAUGAAUGACAAACUUACCGAACCUACUACUGUUGCCGAGAUUGAUCAGCUCUUUUCAUCCAAUGGAGGAGAAAAAGACUUUAGACCUUUCUUAUGCACCCAGCCUGGCUGCUCAAAAUCUUUUACAACCUAUGACCAACUUCAGACACACGAAACUAACAUGCAUGGAACAAAGAAGCUCAUAUGCGGCAUCGACAACUGCCACAAAAGCUUUGUUACAACAGGUCAGCUAACAAAACAUCGUAAGAUGGUUCACUUUAGAGCAGCGCGGAAAGCAAAACUGGCAGCCGCAGCCGCAGCAGAGGCAGACAAUGCACGCGAAGAGGGUUCUGAUGGAGGUAGCCACGCACCUAAUACGCCCAACGAUACUAUUCUGCAUGUUAAUGAAGAGGACGAAAAGACCCAGGAUGAGGAUAGUGUAGAUAUUGGAAUCUCAGAGGACAACGCAUAG